AUGGUUAUUCUCCGAAUUUCGUUUUGGAUUGCUACCGUAUCAGCAAAUCAAACUAUCUACGACGCAAUGAACAAUGCGCGAAGAUCAUAUGCCGACUUACAAGGUCUCAGUAUGUGGAAACUAAAGGUUCGCCCAUAUCUCGAAGAAAAAGCUAGAACGUUCUUCUGUGGAUUUGGGACUCAACCGAAUUUUCGAGUAUAUUAUCAAUAUCAUACACGAGAAAAUCUCACAAACUUUCUUCACUACUGGGGGAAUCAAAACAGCACACAUCCCGAAGAUGACCGUGAAGAGUUUAUCAAAAUGUUUCGAGAUCAGAAAUAUUGGUUCACUGAGGUUUUGAAUCCGGUCCAGUACUUUGUUGGGUGCGGCAUAAAUAUUUGUGAAGGUUUCGAGCGGUUCAUGGAUAAAAUCGUUUGUUUAUUUGGGCCAGAGACCAAAUUAAAUUUCGACUCGCCAGUCAGUGAGACGAAUAUUCCCGAAGAAUCUCGUUGUAAACCUUUUGGAAGAUUUGAGAAUCGACUUUGUGUCAAAUACCGUUGGGCUUAUAAGAUGUUGAAAUAA